UAGAGUUUGCGAUGAAGGCCAUGGCUAUGACUCAUAAACCGUGAGAGCCCUGCCCAUGCCCAACAGGGGUCUUGCCGUAGCCAGUGGGGUUGCGAGUGAGAAGGAUGGCCUCAUCGCAUCUGAUUCGGAAAUCAAUGCUGAACCAGGGUCAUCUACUGUACAAAACCAGGUGUGCCUCAUUCUCAUCGGCUCCCAAGCCGGAGAAGAAAGCUCCACAUCAUCUUUCCGCCGUCAUCGACGCUGUCAAGGAACGGAAACUCCCUCCAGAACUCCGGGGCCAGCGCAGCUCCCUUAGAUCAGAAACUGACAUCAUCAACAUUGCGGAGCAAAGAAUAUGGCAAUCCAUGAAAGAAGGGCAGUUCGAGAACUUACCAGGAAAAGGAAAACCUCUGGACCUGAGCGACAAUCCUCAUGCAGACCCCGCUGAAGAUACCUUGUAUAGGAUUCUCUCUAAGAAUGGAUGUGCCCCUGAAUGGGUUGAACUCAAUAAAGAGAUACGGACGCAAGUUAAUGGAUGGCGGUCGGCAUUGAAGAAAGCAUGGGCAAAUAGAUGCAAUCAAAGCCACUCCCAAUGGAUUGAGUCUUGUAAGGCUUUGAAACUGCAAAUGUCUGAUAUAAACAACAAGGUUUUUCGAUAUAAUCUCAUUGUUCCCUUCGGCCGCCAGAUGUUUGGACUCAAGUGGGAGAAAGAAGUAGCUCGCCUAGAAGAACAAUGAAACUCCCUCAGACACAUGAUAUGAGAAGCCAUGCUAAUACAUUAGUCGUCCAUUUUUUUUUUUAAUAUUUUGGUAAUCUUGUAUCAAAUGUUGAUUUAUAGGACCUAAUACACACAUGCUUGCUAUAAAGUAUAAACUAAACCUUCCCCAUGCUGCAUAUCUUCUCCUAUGCAGCAAUAUUGGAAUAAAUCGUUAAGAACAUUCAGGAGUACAACUAUGAAGUUUUUUGCCUUUAUUU